CCCGCCUGUGAGGAGCAACAAGAGGUGAACAUUAGGCUGGUUCACAGCGGCAGGGCACACCCUCUGGGAGUCAUCACUGGUCCGACGUGUUCAGUCGGCUCUGCCAAGGGUGUGGCCUGAACAAGAAGCCUAAUAGAGAAGUAUAAGAUACAAUAGUUAGUGUACAUGUGAGUGUAAUGUUUGAUUGUAGUCUGACAAGCGAAAAACAAGGACCUGUCCUUAAGUGGCCUAGACUCAUACACUCCUAAAAGCUCAUUAAAACGUGUUUGGAGCUAUUUUCAACUCUAGAGUAUCCUUCGAACUCAAAAUGAAGUAAAUAUAAUGUGAAAUUUUACUCCGAGAACCCCUUUUGUUCGUGAUGCGAGUUCCUGUAGAAAGAAAUCUGCUGCCCCCAAGUGGACACCGUGGGUCUCUGCUGUGCAGUAGACUACCUGUCAUUGAAAUCACACCAGACUACUCCCAACAUUUUUGAGACAAUAUUAAACACAGACAAGCAUUUCAGACGUGUGAAGUAUUUCAGUCUAUGAAAGCAUAGCUCAGAAAUGAUCAGUAAGUGGGUAAGUGUAGAAGCCAUCGCCCUUUAAGACGAGUCUCAAACACUUAAUGGCCACAAGGAAAGAGAGAGAGAGAAAUAAAGACGUGUUUUUUUUUCAUUUACAAAGUAUUACAAACAUCAGUUGCAACUUUACAAUAACCAUCUGAGUAAUGUUUAUAGAUGGUUUAAAAACCAAAUAUUAAAUAUUUACAAAGUGCUACUGACACACAUUUUAAUCUAGAUGUUUUACAACCAAUAUUUAAACCUUUAAUAAAUAGUCUAUUAAUAAUUAAUGAAAAUUAUUAAUCACAAUUUUAUUGCUUGUUAAUGGUGAAGUAACUAUUAACUUACACUAAUAAACUAUCUAUUUGACAUUCAUAAUUGGUCUAUAUGCUGUUUUUAAAUGAUGAUUAAACAUAAAUAAACUAUCUAUUUAUCAUUUAUAAAUUAUGGUUAUUGUAAAGUGUUACCAAUGUUUCUGCAGUUUACAUCAUGACCAUGGUAGACGAGUAACCUUUUUUUUCAAAAUCAGCAUUCCUUCCUUGUCAUUGGUUUCAGUUGGUCCUUAUGAGGCUGACAAACAUGAAUUGGUGCUAAAAUAAUUUACCUUAACCAUAAAAGAGUAGAAACAGCAUAUUUCACUUCUCAGAUUCUGGUUAGUUUAUGGUUGGAGUUUGUUAUCUCGAAAUUUACCCAUCAGUCAGAUAUGUUGAUAUUGAUUUAAACCUGUAAAAUGUUUGCAUUUUGACUGCUUCUCCUUCAUGCAGUAUAACGCUUCUAACUACAACUACUUGCAGCUAUUUUAAUCUGUAUUUUGGCUUCUUUAGCAUCUGUGUGGAGUGGUAACAGCUGCAUAGACAUCACAGGGUUUGGGGGAUUUUCAUCGCUGACAUUUUUCCAUAAUCAUGAUAUUGAUAAAGAGAGAAUAACUCAUCAACUUGGACCCAGUUAAACAGUAGGGGGGAGUGGGGUAAGAUGAGCCAUUUUUCAUAUUUCUGAUCACUACAUCAAAGCACUCAUAGUUUGGUCUCUAACUAGUGUAUCUGCGUAUAUUUCAAGAUGUUGCGCAUCCCCGCAAACCAACAGAAUGAGUGUAAACAUAACUGUCUUGAUAAUUUAGCAUGCCAUAAAUAAAGUGGGGUAAGUUGAGCCGUAUCCCUACUAUCCCCUCACUCUCCACCCCAGCCCUCCCUCACCUUCUCUCUCCCUAAAUAACAGUCACCUCUUCAAAUCCAUUUUUAUCUAUUAUACACUAUUCAACUGGUACAAUAAUUAUUUUUAUUAUUGUCACAUAUAAUUGCUAAAAAGCUGUUUUGUAAAAAGCCAUUUUAACAUGAGAAUGUCUUUCAGUGAUUCAGAACAUUCACAGCUGUAUUUUUGAGAAGAAAAAGUAACACAUUUUAACAAUCUGAACUGAAACUCUGAUCCUCUCAUCAGACUCCUUUACUUGGCUCAACUUACCCCAGAACUACUAUGAUGACUUUAUUAGUCCUCUAAACUAAAAUGGUGAACUUUUAUGUUAAGUUUUUUGACCUCAUGUUGUAGCUCGUAAUUACCACAAUUGAUGUAUAAAACACGAUUGAUGCCCAUCUCCCAAAUAUUUGGUCACAUGAUCAAUUUCUUUUACCAUUUCCAAGCAACAGGGGGUGGCUCAACUUACCCCACUCUCCCCUAACUGCUAAAAAUGUAUAAGGUCUAAAGUCAAAUGAUGAUAAUUUUGACUCUGAAACUCUGAAAAUAAUAUAAGGAUGAAUAAGAUCACGGGGAAAGAGCUACAGUAUAUGAGGCUGUUUGCUUAUAAAUUGCAGAAGUUGGCAGACGUCCAGCCCCACCAAUGAGGGGAUGGUGCGGAAGGAUACGCGGUGACGUUUCCUCCUGGAGGCUCCUCCGCUUCGAUGUGAGGUGAUCAGGGAGAGAGGAGAGAGAGAGAGAGGGAGGAAGCAGAGGAGGAACACUCGGUUUAGCACUCAGCAGCAUCAUGGCACCUAUCGGAUUAAAGGCGGUGGUCGGCGAAAGUAAGAUUUAUUUCUUGAGUUAAUUAGCUUGGUUAUCAUUUGAAGAUGCUGUGCGGCAAUGUUGUGCGUAAAAGCGGUUGCUGUGUGUGCCUGUAUGCGUGUGUUUUUGCAGGAUGCGGAUGUGGGCUAGUGCAUCUGGAUGAUGAGGAUGAUGAUGAAGGUGGUGGUGCCAUUGGUGUUCCAUUUUACCAUUGUAAACCACAGUGGUGCGGUGCGGGAGGUGUAGAUGACCCGCAGAGGCUGGGUUGUCUCAGAAGGCUGCUGCGGUGCGGAUGCGUAUUUGUAUUUGAAGUGGCUGUAGAAAGCGGUGAUUAGCCCACUAAAGAGUGGACAUGAUUCCUCUGAAGGCUGCAGAAUAUACGCCCUUCUGGUCCCAAUCAGCGAUCAUUCAUAAACACCCAUGAUCGGGGCAGCAGCGUUACCAGCUUUUCUAAUCUGCAGGAUGUCACGGGUAGUCUUCGCCGUUAUCGUCGCUAAUUAUUACCAAUAAUCUGAUUUAAUUCUGUUGGUAGUACAGCGACAGGAGAUUAACACUACCCAUCCGUGGGAUUCCCUGGAUUCAGCAGCGCCUCACCCCUCUGCUGGAACAGCGUAGGUUGCGUAAAACACCCUUUCUCCUCCAGAGCGCCUUACUGCUGAAUCAAGCUGCUUUUAGCGCCGAUUCAUAUCCAAGACGAGAAAGUUCCCCACAAAAAGGCCUUUACGCAAGAAAUUCCGCAUUACAAGCUACCAUCCGGAACGAGCAGUGGCGUCCUGCAUCACCGUCGUGCCCUUUCUCAGUCACUCAGGAGGAUGUAGACUAGACAGCUCAGUAUCUGAUUUGUCAUUUAGACUCAUUUAUUUUGGCUGAUGCUCAUGCAGUGUAGCUGUGUGGUGCUGAUGCAGGCCUGAACAUGGAGGCGCAGCUCCAUUCUCCUCAGCAGGGUCAGCUGGGUGCAAGUGUUGGUGGUCGUGAUAAUGUCAGACAGGCCUGCAAGUAAAGGCACACAGACGUCUAAAUGAGGAGCCCAAGCUCAGAUCACGACUGUUUCCAGCAGAUUUCAGCUGCAAGUCUUUUUACCAGCACGAUUUAAGUACUGCAGGAUUUGCUCCAUUUGAUUCCUGAUGUCCAGUUUAUGGAUUUAGUCUUUAAGAAAUCUAAGCAGCUGCUUUGUAGUCGAGUCUUGCUCUUUUGCGUGGGACACCCAAAUCCCCAAAUUUCCCCCAAUCAAUUUUAGGAUCAUUAUAUUUGUCACGCCUUCUGCUGCAAAUGUUCUCCUCCCUACCCCCACCCCAUCCCAUCACACAUACAAAUACACCUCCUCAGUUAGAGAGUUGUAGUGCUUUGAAGGGAUGGACCAUGAAAAUAGAUGCAUGCUUUAGCAGAGAAUAAGGCCUCGCACAUGGAGCAAGAAUUGCGCCAGAAAGGCCAAUGAUUACAGGCUUAAACUUAUAAGAUACAAAUCCCCAUCUAAAUAAAUAAAUAUUGAGACAUUUAUAUAUAUUUAUAUUUAUUCAUGAAAAUCAGUAUAGUUGUGGAUAAAGUUGUUUUACAUCGUGAUAAAAUCAAGAUGCAUUUCAAUACAUCGCAAUCAUAUUUGUGUUCAAUGCAAAAGUAAAGGAUUUGUGGUUUAAAAAAAGGGAUAUUGCGAGUAAUUUUUGAAGUUUCCUUGAUUCAAUGAUUGUACCAUCGAGCAAUGUCAAUAUAGAAUAUUUUGUCAUAAUAUUAUGAUAGAAUAGUUAAACAUAAUGAAUUAUUGACAGUGCUUUGAAUUGAAUCUUGAGUGGUAACUUAAGUCCGAGACAAAUUUUUCCCAAUGUGUCAAUAAAAUAUGUCAUACUGCAUCGUAUCGCAUUGCGACGUAUCGUAUCAUAUAAUAUCAUAUAUAGGGGAUUGUAUCUCAUUAUAUUGUAUCAUACAGUAUUUUAUCGCAUUGUAACAUAUCCUAACAUACAGUAUUACAUCUUAUCGUUUAAUUUCUUAUCAUAUCGUUCUGUAUCAUAUCAACUCUUACUAUACCAAAUCAUAUAUCGCACCAUAUCGAAUAUUGUAUCUUACCAUACAGUCACAUCGUGUUGUAUAAAACAGUAUCAUAUCUAUCAUGUUGUAAUGUAUUGCAUUUUAUCAUAUUGUAUUCCUUAUAGCAUAUCAUAAUAUACUCUACCAUUUGAUAUCUUAUGAACCAUUUAAAAUGGUGUCAUAUCCUACCUUAUUGUAUCAUAUACUGUUUCGUAACAUACCGUAUCGUGUUGUGCCACAUAUGGUUUGAUAUCGUAUUUUGUAUCGUGGUUUUAUAUCAUAUUGUAUCAUAUUGCUAUAUCGUACCAUCUGAUAUUAUAAGCAUUGUUUAAAAUUGUAUCAUAUCAUCUUAUAUGGUUUCAUAUGAUAAAAAGCUUUAUUUUGAUUCCAGACUUGUAUUUUUAGGUGUACAUCAUUUGUAGUUGUGCGUACGAUCAGAUUUGUUUCUAAAAAUGCAUUUUAUUUUUCAAUGUAAGUUGACUAGAUUUAAAUACUACACCCCUACACAAUUCAGCUUCAUACUCCAAAUAUUCUGGCGUGCAUUAUUUAAUUACUCAGGCCCUGUUAACUCUCCGUUAUAUAACCCAGUCUAUAAAACUAAAAGCAGGAACAUGCAGACUGGCGUAGUUGAAUGAAUUUUUCCAGAACAAUGUAAACAGGCGUGCAUGUAUCCCAGUAGGUGAAGGCAGAGACGCAGCAGGCAACACCUGCGCUCUGUUUGGCUGAGGUGAAGCUGGACUGGGAUUGGUGGAGUGGAUGAGGGGAGGAAAGGGAGGGCGACACCAUCAUGGGUCCUCUCUGCAGCAGUGGAUGUAGCAGCCAGAAUGAAGGAGGGGGAUGGGCAGUGAAGAGCGCUUCACCCUCCCCUUUUUACGACUGUAGAUGAGCAUCAGUCCAUGAGAGAAACAGAAGGAAAAUAAAGCUGAAGGGUGAGGAUGGUCAGCUACGUACAACCUGGGCUGACACAUAUUGAAAUCACAGCAGUGUUGCAGCUCAACUGAUGAAGCAUUGCAGAUCCCUUUGUUUCAGAAAAAAUGUGUUUCCUUCUCAAAAAUACAGAUCUUAAAGUAUUGUUUAUGCAGUUUUGCCCAAUCCUUAAUGAAUCUCACAAAGGGAAGGCAUGUUUAACUGAUCAUUGUUAACCAAGAUUAGUUUUAUUUUUGUUAAUUAUGCCCUAAAUCCAUAAUGUAGAGGCGGGACACAGAUUAUGUAAUUCUCUAUUUAGGUAUAGACAUUUUGAAUUACUGUAGUUAGUGAAUUAUGAAAUUAAGUAUUUUUAGGUAGCCAGAUAAACUUAAGCUAAAACAAAUGGAGAUAAAUAUUUAAAUAUAAAAAUGUCCACAUUUAUGCAAAAACCCUGUAACUCUCAUAAGCCACUGGGCAUAAUUGCAUGAAUUCAUACAAAUAGUUGUAUCUCAGACUCACUCUGCUCUUGUCCCUUUCGAUUGAGGGUCGUAAGGUUUUUACAGAACAUGCUGUUAAACUGAGUCCUGGCAUCAAGCACCAUUAUAUUGAUUAGCAUUUUGUAAUUGCUCAACAGAGACUAUGUACGGGUCAACUUAAGAGUGCAGAAACAGAUGAUAUAAAAAAAAAAUUAACAACAGGACCCAAUGAAGGCUGUUGUUACAGGAGACCAGUUGUAAUGAAGUUUUGAAAUGUUCACUCUUCACAUCAAAUGGUGGAAUUUUAAAGUAUUGGGAUAGAAAUGGCGUACCAUGAUAUAGCAUAAAGAUAUCACAAUGUAUCGCCCAGCACUGCCUCUAUAUAUGGGGUGCAUGUGUUCACUCCUAGGCUAGCUGUGUACCAUACAACUAAAAUUUUUUAUCAUUUUAGCUACCUGCUGGAAAAGCUGAACAGCGCUGGUUCGUACAGAAAACAGGUGCUGCCAGUGAUAAUGAACAUUAGUGGACACUGGUCUUGUAGGUUAUUGUGCAGUUAUUCUUAACAAAUGCAGAUGAGCCAGCAUGUUUUUAAGCUAAUUCUGGCCUGCUAGCUGAUGCGGAUGAAUGGUACCCCCUAAGCGUAGAUUACGUCACAUUUCCUCCUUCUAUCCAAUCUUAUGAGGCUGAUCUGGUAAAUUGCAAGUUGCCACUUUGAAAUGACUUUACCUAUGACAUUUCAAAGCAACCAAUGACAAAUUUAUUUCCAUUAGGGCUGGGCGAUCAACCGAAAAUUUACCAAUACUGAAAUCAAUGACAAUAACCAAUGUCAUUUUGCCCAUAUCAGUACAUUCGGUGUCAAAUAAAUAAAUAAAUAAAAGUUGUUUUUGGAUGUGUGUAUGUAGGCUAUGGUCUCAUGUCCUUUUAAGACUCUGUCCUACGUCAAAGACGUGACUCCUCCCCAUCCAGUCCGUAACAAAGAAGGAAAGACAGAUGAGGAGAUGGAGGACAGUUCAAAAUUUGUAGCAGCUGAAGUUGACAAAGUUAAUGUGGGAGGCGGUGAACAGCUUUUGGAGUAGUUAUCGUCCAUUUAUCAUUAUCAAGGUGAACUGCUCAAUAUAUCAUGAUACUGAUUUGAGGCCGUAUCGCCCAGCCCUAAUUACCAUGCAGUAAAGCUCUAUUGCUUUCUAGCGUUACCUUUAGGCAAAAAUUCCAUCUCGGUUCCUUCACUAUCUUAAAUUAACUUCUGUACUAUGAACAACAGGGUUCAUUGCUGGACAACAGAAAAGAGUCAGAAAGCGAGGUUGUGUAUCUGUUUCGAUCCCUGUCAAUGUUAAAAAUUGUACGUUCUGUUUCUGUUUUGGUCUGCGGCCUUGCACCUUUUUAGAGUGGAGACAUUACAGUGAGGAUGCCAGGUUUAGUGUUGAUGAUCCUGAAGUAAGCAAAGUAAAACCUAGAAAUUUAAAUUUUUCCAAUUUGACUGAGAUUUUUACUCUUUGCAUGAGGAAAAAAAAAUGCAAUAAACAGUGUAACUGAGUAAAAUCUGGAUAUUUUGUGAAGGAGGCAAUAACAGCACUUUACUAAGUGUUGAAAUAUUCUUUUGAACAUUUGAUCUGUAAGGAGGAGUCGGUACAUUUGUCAUUAGAAGGAUCUGAAAGCAUCUGUGUACCCGUCUGUGUAUAGGAGCUUUGUGUACAUGGGGAAAGGAGCAAGGUGAAACAGAGCAACACAUUAAUGCAUGUGCGCGCUAAACACACACUCACACAUGCAUGCGAUAAGCUUUCCAUUGACCUUGGAAGCAUCACUGAACCACAGCAUCACACACCCGUCUGGGUUCAGUAUCUGACGCAGUGACUGCAGCCUCUAGGCCUCUGUAAAUCACACCCACAUAACAAAUACAAACCCUGCACACGCACACACAGAGUCCCAAAUAAAUCCAUGCUUUAAUGUCAUGUCACUGUGGUUACAGAGCAUGCAGGGUUGGCUGAAAUAAAGCUUUCUAAUACAGGGUUACAGUGCCUUAUAAUCCUCAUGAAUUCUGCCUUUCUUACACUGAGGAAGAGUGCUGUGUCAGAGCUGGCACACAUCCUCCUCCUCCUACUCCUCUCAGCUGCACGUAACGACUCGCACCAUCCUCCCCCUGCAAACAUACGCACAUGUACAGUGCGGACAUAUUUAUUACAGAAAUAUCUACAUAUAGAAGAUUGGUGCAGCAGCAGCCAAGAUGGCCUCUUCUUGGAUGGAGAGGGCGUGGAUGAAAGGGAACAAAAGGAGUCAGGAUUGCAUGGCAUGAAGGUGAUUUGUCAAGUCAGUCUCAUAACAGUGAGCGAAUUUAAUAUACUGCACAAAAUGAUAUUGGCUUGGGCUUUUAUGCUGUAUACACCCGGCACAGUUGAGCUGGACGAGACUGCAGAGCAAUCAGAACUACAGACUCGGCCUCAGCCAGGUUGUCAGAGCCUGCAGCAUCCCAGAGGAUUACCUGCUUCCUCAGGCCGUUAGAUUUUGUCUGCAGUUUCUGUUCUCUAGGUGUCUGGGAGGUGAUUCUUGCAGGUGCAUUAAAGCUCUCUCUGGUUAGUAAUUAUUCUAAAAUUUAGUCAAAACAUAUUUAAUUUAUAACACUACAAGCUGAUGAUGUCCUCCAGUCGUCUACACCGCUAUUUUUACAGUAGAGCCAAAAAACAAUUAACUGAUUAAACAGUUUUCAUAAAGACCAAUGCAGCAGCUUUUGGCACUUGUUAAUCUUCUUUAUUGUGCUGAAUAUAAGAAUAAGACUCGUAAAUUUGGGGUGUUGUUCAAGACAGACCUGGUAGAAAAGUUGAGGGGUUUUAACUGAUUGCUCGUCACGUGUGCUUCAGUGACUUUCAGCCUUCUUGAGAAGCAUAGUGAUUUAAACCCAUUGAAGACUGUCGGCCUCUAUCCAUAUCACAUCCACCUGUAUUAUCGGUUGAGCAUGAAUAACAUAUAAUCUAAUGAAUGAAUGCUAUCAGGCAUUUGAAUAUACAGUUCCUAGGGAUCACUCAUGCUCUUCAAUCUGAGAGUCUGCAGUGUGCAUGAAGUCCUUUUUCCUCCUUUACAUUUGAUUGUAUUCAUAUCGUACAGCAUACACUUCGAUGAAGGGUAUGCAGUAAUGGUGCCUUCAAAUAGGGUUGUAUUCACCAUGUUUACAGGAAGAAACCGUAUGAUUAGUUUAAAAUGGCAUAGCCAACAAAAUGCACAUUAAUACAAUGAGUUAUUGCGUAACUGGCUGUGUCUGUAGUUUAAGGAGCUCAGAUUGCCCACAAACAUUAUUCAUGUAUGAAGCUUAAGUAACAGUCAAUCUGAUCAUGACGUUUAUGGGCUUGUCUUUUGUUCCUCUGUUUAGCAUUUCAGCACACACACAAAAAUCCACAUAGGAAGCAGGGAUAUCAACUGUCUUUUGGCAUCUAAGCUGCCCGGCAACAGACUUCUUGAUUAGUUUCAACUUGAAUACCAACCCAUCAAUUAACAUUACUUUACAAUCAUCAGAAGUAAGGGAUAAUGUACAUAAUGAACAGGUGAUUAUGCAUACUAGAAUCCAUAUCUAGUGAGAUAAGACCCCUAUGCUUUGUGUCAAGGUCUGCUCACCCUGUCAAGAUUCUGAUUUGCAUUAACACAAAUUCAAUAUGCAGUAUCCCACCUCUUUCCUGAUGUCUAUCUAGAAAUGUAAACAAGUUGACACAUUAAAACAUUUCAUUUUACUUUUUAAAAUUUAAACGAAUUAACAUUAAAUCACAGCUGACUCACUUUGAAGAAUAAGUAAGACAAAUGUCACUAUAAUGUUGCAACAUUGUUGAAAGCAUCGCUACAGCUUUUGGUUACGGUUACUUUGUUGAGAUCAACAGCUUAAGGUGAAAUUCACCAGUGGUGUUGGCAGUUGCAUGGAUUGAAGACAGGAUGUUGCUCGAUGGUUGUUGUUGCUGCUGCAGCUCCUCAGAAUCUCAUGUAUGUUUCCAGUCACUGUCAUCAUUUCCUGCUUCUCAGGAACAGACUGAGACAGGGGCUGACAUUUUCACAACAAUUUUAACUAAUUGGAAAGCUAACAGAAAGAAAUUUCUGCCACAGUGUCAACAGGCAGAAGAGAAAUGUUACACAGCUUGAUUUGAUAUGACGUGUGAUAUGGUUGUCUCUUAGAAUAACGUACUGUUAUAGCAAUUUUGACCAAUCAGAAUCAAGUAUUUAACACAGGUGUUGAUAAAACAUCUAAAAAUGUUAGAUGUUAAACACGCAUCCAAGCUGUCCUAAUGCUACUUGUUUUGUUUCAUUUACAAUAAAAAAUCUCUAAAUUUACUUAUCACAAAAAAAUAAAAAAAACAUUCCAUAUUCAAUCAACAUACCCUCAUUACUGUAUGUCUAGAGUCUUAAGCUCUAAAAGCUGGACUUGGAAAACGGAGAGGCUCUGAUCCCAGAUAUUUAGAAAUUUAUGAGUUUAGCACUUGCAAUGACACACAUUAAAAAUAAGAAACAUGGCUUUGUAUUCAAAAAAAUAACAGCUUGAAGAUAUCAUAUCUUCUAAAAUAAUUCCAUCUGGGGGUGUCUAGUAGGAGUAUUAUAACACCAGAUUUUGAUAGUCAUCGAUUUGUCAAAUGGUUGUUAUUGACCUAUUUACGUAAGAAAAUAGGAUUAUUCUGGUCACUGUUUUUUCAGAAAGAAAGAAAAUACUCUUAAAGCUGCAUUUGUAUGAACAAUAUGUGUUGUAUUGAAACUGAACUGUGAGAUUGAUGCAGUAUUAAAAAAGAGAGAGGUGGAAACAUCUGACUAUGAUCCUCUGGUCUGGUAGAAGUGGUCAACUAGUCCUUUAUGCCUAUUUAAAUUCAGGUAAUCUAUGGGUGAAAUUAUGUAUUUAGCAAAUUGUGUUUUUGCUGCUUCAGUGGCAACUUCUGAAAGCUUCUGAGGGCACCUUUUAAUCUGAGUUUGCCCUCGAAGAAGCUCCUCACUGUCAGAUGGAGAGAAGUGGCUGACAGCUCAGGGAGUCUCAGCUGUAGAGCAAACUGUUCUGAUUGAACAUCUGCUUGCAGGUCUUGAGACGUUCAAGCAGGUUGAUAUGUUGAUUGUUUCUCUGUUAUUGCACACCUGUGAGGUAGUGUUUCAACAGAGUCAAAAUAGAGGGGAUGUAGCGAUGCCAACACCAUCAAAGAACAUUUAUGUGCUGUAUACUGGAGGAUAUAACACAGCUGCCAAAAUUCAGCAUGAAUAUACAGACAUGCUGGCAGAGGUCUCAGAAGUUUCCUCUCUGCUUGUCCACGUCAUGUCCCGUCAACCUCUCUGUGAAUGUCAUGGGAAAGGUCGACUACAUUGGUGUACUCCGUGUUUUAGCUGGGUGACAUGCAGCUCCUCUGCCUGAGUGACCUUUGACUUUGACUUGGUGUACAUUGGAGGCAUGAGAGGCUACUGUUUUUGUCAACCUCGUCGGCUUUUCUCACAGCCAACUUGUGCUGGUUGGGGCUGGUUACGGUGUUAUGUAAGUGCAGGCCUGUCUGUUGAAGCUGCAGACUCAUAUCAGGCAAUGAAAGCAGACGUGGUCUGGUUCUCUAGAUUGGUCUGGUUUUCUAGAUUGGCCUUUUCUUAUUAGAAAAGACUCAUGGAUUAUAAUUGAAAAUUAAACCAACAUCUUCAAAGGGGGCUUUUACGCUCAUUUGAAAGCUUUUAUAUCAUCCAGAUAGCACAGCUGUAGAGGUGUUUACUAUCUUUGGCUGGUGUCUUUGAAAACCGUAAUUUCAGCAUCUGUCUGAAACACUUCAUAUCAGCUUCUUUUUUAUUUAAGCCCUCCUCCCUAGGCACUUUGGAAACCUCUUUCACUGUUGCCUGCUGCAAAGUCAUGUUUUUCUUCUUUUUUUUUUUUUUUUUUUAAAUUAAAGGCACUAUAAGUAGUUUUUAACCCUUUAAUGCUUGGCACCACAAAUUAUGGCCAGAAAAUUAAAAUUUUUUGGAGCUGAAAUGUUUUUUUCACUUACUACUGAAAACCAUAAAACUCAAAUGUCCUUAAUUUAUUAUUUAAUAUUUAACAAAUAUAUUUAUUCAUCUCGUUUAAAACAUUUGAUAUUUUAUUUAACUAAUAAACUACAAGAGAACAUUUUUAUCAUUUAUCGGUAUGUAUUCAGGUGUUUCUUUAGUAAUUUUUUGAUCAUAUUGAUUUGAUAGAAGUAUAUAAAAGUAUGUAUCAAAUAUGAUACAAAAGGCAUUAAAGGGUUAAGUGGUUGCAAAUCAGACUGAAACUGAUACUGAGCUCCAUCAGCAACAAGCCUGAUAAUUUCUCUGUUGUAUAUUGUUAAUGCCUGAAACCGCUGUGAUGGGAUUGAUGUUAGACCAGAUGAUUGAUCGCAGGUUAAAGAAACAGCCUUUUUAUUUAUUUUUCCUUCUCUAAUACUCAUAGUGAGUGAAAUAUUUCACUGUUUUUAGACAACCAGAUGAGCUUUUUGCUUGAAAACACCAUGAAUGUAUGAGUUGUUUCAAAAAAUUUGUCUGAUAGAUUGUAUUAUUUCAGAUGUAGCUUGGACACACUAUGAAUCAUGAUGCGUCCCACUUUAGAUAUGAAUGGAAUCCAUGUUGAAAUUAUUAUUUGCCUCCAUUUUGUUUUUUGAUGCCCCUUCUAUCCUCUCCUUAGUAUGCAUUACUUUUAAACAGCCUAUUUUUGUCCGUUGACUGUGAGAGAGACUGUGAGAGAGCUUACAGUCAGACGUGCCUCCGGACUAAAGAGUGUUGAAGGCUGUCGAUGCAUUUCAGCGUGAGCCCUGCCGAAAAGUCCGCCUGUCUCUUUAAGAUCAGCCGUGUCAGAUUCUCUAGAGAGGGAUGCUGCUGUGAAGCUAAGACCUGGAGAAAAAAUGGGUCAUGUACUCAUAGGUGAAAGUCCCUGAAGGGGGCAGAAGCACGAGUCAAAGAGAGGAAGUGUCAGCUCUUCACUGCUGCAUCAUGAGCAGAGUUACUGAACCAAUCAGCUCAGACUAUUGUGUUUUUUCUUUUUUAAGAUAUGAAUGAGUGUGGUGGUCAGCUUUUGGCGUUGGUAAAAAUAGUACACUCAGCUGUGAUUUUUUUUAACAAGCAAAUUCCAGUUUAGGGGAAAAUGUGCCGUAUCUUUUUGUACCUUAAAUCACUCUGUUUCCCCCUGUCUCCUCCAUAAGGAUGUGUAUCCUGUUUAACUGGAUGUGAGAGAUUAUGAGGUAUCUGAGUGUGCGCUAUAGUGUGUGUGUGUUUCUGUGUGUGUGUGUUUGCCACUGCCUGUUUGGUUGACACAGCUGUUGCACUGUUUUCUCAGGUUCCUACCCCUCUGUCUGACUGGUGGGUUCCUGUAUUGUUGCGCCUCUUUUAGAAGGUCAGGGAGGAAAAACCAACAGCGCUGUCUUUUCCUUAGCUGUCAGUGAAGCACCCACUGUACUAUUAUCGUCAUUGUUUCUGUGCCAGCAUAAGUCAAGGUCAACACAGGAGGUAAAAGGCUGAAAUGUAGAACACCUUUGUGUUUAUUUUUCUUUACCCUGAAAGCCUUUUCUUCCUUUAGCAGUCAUCUGUUUGCCAACAUUAGCAUAUAUUUACCAGGUAUUAACCCUGUAAGAUCCAGAUCUCCCAUGCAGGUUAACCUGGCCAAGAGGUCAGCAGCAAAUAAAUUCAUAAGUAUGUUGAACUUAAUAUGAGCAACACUGACUUUUACGUAGCUCCGAUGGCAAAUAUUUGUCAAAAACUAAUGUUUAGCUGCCUUCAACAUGGUGAUUUAUGUUGGCAUGCAUACAAGGCGCGAAAUUAUUUUUUGUAGGGUGGCAAGGGAAGGUCCCGCCCUCCUUCGCCUCUGAUUGGCUAUAAGUGCUGAGCUCCGAUUGGUUAUUCCUUAUGACUGUGAAACGUCAUCAUCUGUCGGGUAAGGGUUAGGAUUAGGAUGAGGGUUAGGGUUAGGAGAUUCAGAAGUGCGAUAAUGUUCUGUAAUGCUCUGUUCGAUGUACAGAGGCAACAGCCCAUGUUUGGCUUGAGCGUACGAUGAUGUUUCCAGCUUUUCUAGCCAAUCAGAAACGAAGGAGGCGGGACUUUCCCGAACCAUCCUAGAAAAAAAAAUAUUGCAUACAGGACCACUCCUACUUUCACUCCUUGAGCUAAUCUGUUUCAUCCCACACAAUCAUGGUUUUGCUUCUCUGUUGCAUAGUCAAGAUGUUGCAGGUUAGAGUCAGCCAUGUCAGCUGCUCUUUUAUUGGUUGCAUGAGGGUCAGGACAAAGCUGGGUUCACCUUGUUCCUGACACAAGGAUCUUUAUGAAUUUAUGAUUCAGCAACAGCAGAUCUGUCUUCGUUAAGUGUGGCUCGGUACUAGCAAGGGUUCUCCUGGAGCACUUGCCAUUUUUGUUUUGGUGUAUCAUCAGUCUGCACCCUCCUCCUUCCGACAGCUCAGACUGCGUGGAUUAUGAGAAUACAAAACUGAGAGGCUGCAGAUCCUCCACAGAGGCUUGAAUUUUGUUUUAGCUGGUUUUUAGCCAUGUUGUAAAAACAAUAAGGAUAUUUUGUCAUCAGCUAAAAGGAACUAAUAUAUUGGACCUUUAAAAUUCUACUGGCACCGUGUUGUUUCUAAGCAGUAUGAGUGCAUGUUUUUAUGAGUGCAAGAUUUAUCAUAAGCAUUAAUGUAUGAUGGACCUCAAACCGAAUUGGAAAACUUUACAUCUUGAAAUAAAAAUCUUUUAUGCCAGAGUUAAAUGUUUGUUCAGGACCUGAAGCUGCUUUUAUCAGAAAACCCUAAUUCGGAAAAAUGCUCCUGCAUAAGAGGAGAGGAAACACCUCAGCUGCUGCAGAGGAAGACGGAAGACAUGUGGCUGAUAUCCCCUGAGCUUUUCGUUUGUGUAAGUGUCAAACUCUGCUGGCUGGAGCUGCUGCUUGAUGAAAAACAAGUCGCCUGUUUAGGAAUCUCACCAAACUGUCUGUAUUAUUUAGAGUAAUUUAGACUCAUCAAGUUUUAAGUCUUCAGUUCUUCAUUGAAUAAAAGCCCAUGUCUUUCAGAUGUUGUUCUAGUGAUUCACUUUACAUCGGCUGUAUUGUUGUUGCUGACGCAGCAGCUUUAAGACCAGGCCACUGAAGGUGUUGAGAAUAGCCUGGAGCUGAGUCAGGGAAUCUCUCUGUCAUUUAGAGAGAAUAAUACUGGGACUGUUCCAAGUUCAUCCGUCCCACAGGAGGUCAGAUACAGUUCUCCUGACUCUAAGGAGGCGCAGGUUAGAGUCUCUGUGUUUCAAGAUUCACUAGGUCAAAUUACAGUCAUAGCACAAAUUGUCUUCAGGCUGAAUUUAAAGGGCCAGUCUGCAGUUUUUAGAGAACAUGUAUUUGAUCUGUAUUCACACACUUAUUCUCAAGUUCUUUCUGUUACUGUUCAUUCUUUCCUGUUUUCAUCUCUUCUUCCUGCAUCCUUUCAUCUCAAAAAUCAGGGCAUCUCAAAGUGUAAAUUUCAGCCCCUUGUUUGGACAAGCAAGCGCAAUACAAAUAAUGUAAAAGUAAUAAGAGCAACAUUGGUAUCAGCAUUUUUAUCAAUCAAUCAAUCAAACUUUAUUUGUAAAGCACUUUUCAUACAUAUAAUGUAGCGCAUUAUAUAUUAUAUAUUAAAAACAAGGAAAGAAAAUAAAUACAAAUACCAAACCCCACCCUCCCUCCCAACCCCCCAUUCAACACAUGCAGCACUCACACACUCACACACACAGAUGCACACGCAAAAGACCAGGUGAGGACGCUUCAACUCGCAACAGAUGACUGAGGAAACGCUAUCUUUAUCUCAGUGUUUGAGAGACAACAAUACCUCACUGGAAUCAUUUCAAGUAGACUAACAGUGCCAGUCCAGGUUCAGAGGGUGUCAUUAUUGGGUGCAUUGUCACAUUUUGAUCAAUUUUCUGUAGCCAUGUCUGUCACCAUUUGAAGCCUGGUGAAUGUACAGACUGUUAUUGUUGGAUAAUUUCAGACUUUUUGAAACUUUUCUCAAUGAUAUCAUUUUACUCAGUUAUUUGGAAUUUUAAAGACAACAAAUCUGUGUGUAUUUUUUCAGUUUUUCUUAAAUCUGGUAUCAGACUUGAAUAGAAUAUCUAUAUCCAGUAAACCUAGAAUGUACCGCUUGUAGCCUUGCAAAGACUAAUUGGAAUAUUUAAGUUUGGUGUUUGGAUGCUGGUCAGUGCAAAAAAAGAUAAGCUAAAGAGGGCAGUAAGCAUCAUUACAGCUUUAUUCAACAUGACAGAAAAAACGCUGGCUUGAGGCCUUGUCUCUGUUUGUUGUGUCAAGCUAUCCUUCAUCUAUUGUCCUUUUUGAAUCUGUGGUAAUCCAGCAGUAUCUGUGUCACCUCAGGUCGAAGCCAGGACCACAAGGUUUAGUAGUUUAUAUUCAUGAUGAUUCAGCCUGAUGUUAAACAGUAUUUUACCCUAAAUGGAUUCAUGCUAAUACAGCUGGCAGAUGGUUUGUACAGUGAUCAGUCUAAUGCCAAAACCGUGGAGUUAAAAUGACCAUUGCUUCAUGAUCUCACAGUGGAGGGGAUUAUUAUUUACCCCUGUGGAUCUGUGAGAUUACUGACAAACAAAGCUGAUUCUUUAUCCAAUAAUCUCUGUGUUACUACUCUUUACUGUUGUAGAUCAGUCACCUUGUUGGAGGCUAUAUCUGUUCUUUGUGUGUAACUGUCCUCCAGUGUUGGAAUUGCAUUAUGGGAUGUCCAGAUGUAGAUCUUUUUUCUGUUGCAGUUUGUGUGUUGUUCAAGUGAAUUGAAUUCAGGUCAGCUGAUAAAGCCCAUACUGUUGUUGUUCAGAAGUGAAACCAAAAGUUCCCCCCCAGGAGGAGUGCAAACAUCCUUCCCAUUUUGAGCCAGAGUGUGGACAAGUGUGGAUCAGCUUUCAGAGCCACAGUAGUGACGCCUUUCUGCUCAAAUUUAACUCACCCAGCAAACAGCAAAGAUCUCUCAGGCCUGUACAAAGUGUAAAAGCUUGAGUAAAGUGACCACUGUCUGCCUUAGCGUUGGUGCACUUCUCUCAUCACCUGUCCUGUGCUCUGCAAAGCAAGUGCAUGUAACUACAGGAUUUUCCAGAAUCGGCUUUAUUAGCUAAGUAUGUGUACACAUACAAGGAGUUUGACUCUGGUAAACUUUGCCCUCUCCGUACAAACAUUGAACAUAAAAUGUUUCAAUCACAGUUUUCUGCCUUAAACUCCUCUGAAAAGUAAAUAUUUGGAAAUAAUUCAGUCUGAUUAGAACUAGCUGUAAUGACUUUCAGUGACUUGACUUGUAUCUUAAUUUUCUGUUAUGGCUAAUGUACCAUGUUAGCAUAAUGAAGGCUAACUAUAUGACCUGCAUUGCUAAUCGGUGGGGGGAGCGAGAUCAUUUCAGAUUUUUUUUGAGAGCCGUUUAUGUUACUGAUUUUCUUGUACAGUCUUAUGAAUUAAAAUCAAUAGAAUAAGAUCCUCGUUCUUGUACAUGUUACAGCAGUGUGGCUGUGUACAGCAGCGUUACGCCAAAAUGUUAGCCAGGCCCCCUGCUGGGUCACAAAGGAACUACAGGUCGGCUAUGAAAGGUCCUGGGAAAGAUCAUGAAUGAACUCUGUAAAGUUAGGCAUUGUUUAUUGAUAUUCCAUAUGAUGGCUGCAUAUUUAGUCAGUAGGAUAGAGUGUACAUUGAUUUGGUUGUGUCAUCAUUAGAGUGACUUCAAAACGGUGGCACUCUUAAUCAUUCAUAAUUUUCCUGUAUAAGUUUAAUGUGUUUUGAUACACCUUUGAUAGUGAAAUGUUUCCUUAUAGUGUGAACACAAACAGAUAACUGCACACGACUGCAUCUUCUGAAUACAUUUACAACAAAAGUUAUAAGCAUCAUAUACAUACUUCGGAUAAGAACUAGACUGAACAUUAGUCAUGCACAAGGCGUGACACAUUUCUGCUCUCUGACUGUAGAUGGGCGGCAGCUGGCGUUGGAUAUUUUCUGAGCACUUUUGGCAUUUAGCCCGUUCACUGCAGAGAGACAUUGAGACUCAUCAGUCCCUCCUGUGAAAUUAUUGGUUUAUAUUCAAGGUCCUCUGAUUAAUAUAGACCCUAAAAUGGCUUGUGACGUACCAUGUCAUACUUUUAUUACUAGCAAUGUUUCUUCUAAUGCUGCUUAUUUGUAGCUGUGAGGAAGUGCCGGUCAGAAAUUCAUAAUGUGAGUUUAGCAUUGGAGAGGGCUUCAAAGGCUGGUGAUGUGGGUGAAACAUAGAUUUAGACCUUAUUUGAAACAGAUGAUGAAGAAUGUGUGGCUCUGUCCUUCUCUCGUCUUUAUUUUAUUUUGCCACAGUCUUGUAUUAAUAUCGCUGUAAUAUUGUUGUUGUGAAAAUCCUCCCCUUCACUAAAGCCUGCCAUGCAGCUCUGUUUGUGAUUUCAUGAGGCAAUGGGAUGUUUAGAUAGAAAAAGAAAUAUAUCCCUGUAUGCUGAUGUAUAUAUGUGAUAUGUGAGGAGGCAGAGACCUCUAGCUUUGAGGAUGUGGAGAACAGUUCUUGCCACUAAGGUGUGUGUGUGUGUGUGUGUGUGUGUGUGUGUGUGUGUGUGUGUGUGUGUGUGUGUGUGUGUGUGUGUGUGUGUGUGUGUGUGUGUGUGUGUGAGUGUGCAGAUGAGUGUCUCCUAACGGGUCAAUGUGUUGAAUCUUUUUUUCUGAUCACACUGUUGUGCAUUAGUCAGAGUCCUGAAUUUGAUUCUGUUUUUCCCUCCACAGAGAUUAUGAAUGAUGUCAUCAAGAAGGUGAAGAAGAAGUCAGAAUGGAAGGUAAGGAGUUCUUGUGCUGUGUUCGAGUUAGCUUGGGAGUCAGAAGUCCGAGCUGAGAAUGACGUCACACCGGAGUUACCAGCGUUUCAGUUACCAAGUUGGAAAAAGGCAAAAUUGGAGGCUACAUACGAAAGUUAUUAUUAUUAUCCUUGCUUAUAUUCGGACAAGGCAAGCGCUAAGAUAACUUUCACAGAUAUAGCCAUCUUGUUUCCACCUCUGAUAUUGCUUUCUUCCGACUUGGUAACUGAAAUGCUGGUAACUCGGGUGUGAUGUCAUUCCCAGCUCGGACUUCUGACUUCCAAGGUAACUUGAACGUAACAAUAGUUAUAGGAAAUUACCCUGAAAUAGGAACUGAAGGGUGAAGCAGACAUGUGGGCUGAGAUGAACAGGUCUACAGCCUCUCCUCUUUCCUAAGUUUGCUUUUGAACCUGGAAGCUUUGCCAUUCACUCCAUUUAAUAAAUUUGUUUAAUGCUAUAAAUUCAGGGAAACAGGCUGUUCAGUAUUUGGAACUGUUCUCCGCCUGGGCUUACUCAGCAUUUCCUCUCUGCCCAGUCUUUGAGUAAUGUUUCAUUAAUGAAAAUGUGUCAAUUCUGCAGUCCCUCACCUUUUGUGAAAUAGUUUAACUGCAACUAGGGCUGCUAGAUAAUGAUAUAUAUCAAGAGUGAAUUUCCCUCAAUAUCAAUAUAAAACAUGGUCAAUAUGCUUUUCUACAGUCGGCAUUCUGUCAUGUUUUGGUAGACUAUACAAAUGGCCAAUGAAAAGGGGAGUUGCUCUGGGUCCAUUUAGCGCUGAACCAAUCAUGUGCUGAAUUAGAACCAAGUAGCAAAUAACUGCAUAGUAGCAGGCUGCAGCUACACGCAACCAUAGAACUUUAACACGUGAAGCGGGGAAUAUCUCAAAUCUUUUUCACCACCUGAAGCAGUGCCAUGUGGCAGAGCAUGCGCAAUGCAAAAGUUACAAACCCCGAGCUGCAGCUGAAAACAGCCAACCAUUCAGGCCACUUUAUCUGGCGCAAUGCCUAAUGACAAAACGUCAAAGAGACACAAAGACCUCACAGAUGCAGUAGCUUAUUGUAUUGCAAAAGACAUGCUACCAAUAACUUGAUAUAUAUCGAUAUCGACUGAUAUGAAAAAAUAUAUCGUGAUAGACUUUUUCCUUAUCGCCCAGCCCUAACUGUAACGUAUAUAUUUCUUGUUGCCAGGCGCUGAUUGUGGACCAGCUGAGCAUGAGGAUGUUGUCAUCCUGCUGCAAGAUGACAGACAUCAUGACAGAGGGCAUCACCAGUAAGAGAUGAUGGUCACAGCUACUAAAACAUCUGCGUGCUCGUUUGUGUUUGAGUGCUGAUGUCUGUUUCUUCUCCUCUAGUUGUGGAGGACAUCAUGAAACGACGAGAGCCUCUUCCCAGCCUGGAGGCUAUUUACCUGAUUACGCCUACAGAGAAGGUACAGUUUGCCUACUCCCUGUCUCUUUUCUCUUCUUAUACAUGCAGAGGUGUGUCUUUGGCAGCAGGUCUGCGGUUUUGACAGAGAAGCUGUUGACUCAGCUGGAGUAAAACACACAUUCGCUCUUCUUUGUUUCCAUGGUUUCCCGGUCUGUUUCUUUCGUUUAUUGAUAUUAAACAUAAUUUAAUGGCAAAUGCAUGACUUAAAGAGCAGCUACCAUAUCAAAGAGCUUGGUUUGAAUGUACUAAGACUCAGUUUGUCAAACAUUCGAUUUUAAACUCCACUAACAGUUCAAGGGUUGUUAUGCUCAUUCCUUUAGUUCAGAUAUGAAUUUGUUCGUCAUCAGCUGUUGAAACCAUUAAUAGGCCCCGGGAGCGAAAUAUCAAAUCAAUAUUUAUUUAUGGGUUAAAGUUUAAAUAUUAUAGAGCAUACACUGUUUGACGUGUCUUGUAAUCUAUGAAGUCACAUGAACUCUAAACUUUGCCUCUGCUUUCUUCCCUCAGUCUGUCCACACCCUCAUCGGAGACUUCAAAGACCCUCACUCAGCCAAAUACAAGGCAGCCCAUGUUUUCUUCACUGACUGUGAGUAUAUUCACAAAAAAAGCUGCUCCACCAUUACUGUAUGUGCACUGUAUUAUAUGUUAAUCACAUACAGUGUAGUCUUCGUGAUGCCAUCCAUUGGUUUCUUAAUAGUCUUUGUGAUUUCCAGAGACGGCCAUCUUCAUAUUGGAAAUUAUGAUUCAAACCAACUUAAAGCUAUUCUGGUUGCUUUAACUUCAAACUCAGAAAAAAGUCAAACUUAAGUAUGAAUUCUUUCCUAAUAUUAGGGAUGCACCAAUCCACUUUUUUCACCUCCAAUACUGAUACAGAUAUCUGCAGUUUAGUAUCGGCCGAUACAGAUCCAAUUCUGAUACAGAAAAGCUGGGCUGAAUUACCUUUUGUUGUAACCUGAAGUUUUACCACUUCCCCUCUUAACGUUAAUUGCGCAGGUAUUGCAAGUGGCGGUCGAGCUUGUAGGCUGAGGUAUUGUGACAAAGUUCAAGUUAGCAGACCCCUUUGCUCGCUACAUUUUGAAAACAUUGUGGGCAUCCACUCAGCGUGUUUAUUGUGGAUGCCACUCACGGUGCACAGCAUAGAGUUAGACUGAAUAGAUUGGCCCCUGUGCAUCAGGCCCAUUGUCAUGAUACCUAAUCGAGAAUUUUCUUCAGUAUCGGGACCGAUAACGAUAUCCCUACCUAAUGUAUAUAUUUUAGUGGCCCUCAUUCUCUUGAUGAGUAAAGCAAGAUUUAGACAAGCUGUUGAGACUCUCGUGUUUUUGCAUUCCCCCCCUUCAGCCUGCCCUGAUCCUCUCUUCAACGAGCUGGUGAAGAGCCGCGCUUCCAAAACCAUCAAGACUUUGACGGAGAUCAACAUCGCCUUCUUGCCCUAUGAGUCGCAGGUAAACAAUCAGCUGUGGAUCUAAUAGUCUUUAGAGAAAACAGCUACUUUGGUACUGUCAAAGAAACCUGAAAGCAUCGUUUGUGAAUGUGUGCAAGACUUCUUGUGACUUCUAAAACAGAACCAUGGUCAGCUGGUGUAAGUCCCACUUGGGUGCAAAUGUUUAUUUCUACCUUUGUGGACCCACUCUGAAUUUGACUCAUCAGACCCUUGGAUUGCUUUUCAUUGUCCACCUCGUUUUUCUCCUCCUAGCAAGGAAGAAAUAUGAUCCCUCUCUGUUCUGUUGUUUGUUGGUGACUGUGAGUGGAAACCACAGAGAGAGAGAGGGAGAAGAUAGGGGGAUAGAGAGUUAGAGCAGAGUGGAGAGAGGGAUCGAUGAAGACGGAUAGGAGGAGAGAGAUGUUGUAAAGGACACAGACAGGAAUAGUAACAGAGAAUUUGUUGGAGUCAUGGAUGGAUGGAAAGAGACAGAGAGAUGAGGAAGAAACACAAAUUUACACUCAAGUGGCGGCAUGGCACAUAACUGCUGACUCAUCAGUCGCUGUGUUUUCUGCCAGACUGUUCGAGAGGGACUCACAUUUAUCAUCACCUUCCCUCCCUCCUUCCCUUGCUGCAUCUCCACCCAUGCCAUCUUUCCAAAUUCUUGCCGCCAUCAUGUUUUUUCCUCCUCUCUUUGUCUGUUUUUGCUUUUACUAUCCCACCGUCCUCCUCCCUAGGCUCUUGCACGUUGCUGUCACUCUCUGCUCUUCAUUAAGCUUUUUAUUUUUUUGCCUUUUCUAUUUUUGGUCUCUUCCUCCGAGCAUGUUUUCCCUAAAUUUCUCUCUCUCUCUCCCUCUCUCUCUCUCUACCCCAACCUCACCCUCUCUCCUUAUCCAUCUCCUUCAUCUCUCCUUCUGUCCAUCCUUGUCUCUCUCACUAUCUGAAGAUGCUGUUUGGCCCACAAUGCUUUGCUCCUCUCCUGUCUACUGUGAUUAAUUCAGAGUCAGUGGUUUUUUUGCUCCAGGCAAAGUGCUGCCUCAUAGCCCCGCCCACAAUCCAACUCUCUCAUCCCAUUGGAUGAGUCAGGAUCCAUACAGCGUGAGAUAGCCAAUUGCAGCCAGGCUAACAUAGGGACCCUUCUGCAGAGCAGUAAAAAGUGGUCAUGUGACUUUGGACAGAUGGGGUGGGAGGAGGGAGUGGUAGGGAGUGAUGCAGGGGAGAGGAGGAGAGGAGAGGAGAGGGAGGAAAUAAGGACAGAGGAGUAGAGGAAGCAUUACAAGGGAAAGGAAGGAGAGUCAUGUGGGAAGACUGACAAAUAAGAAAAGUAGGUGAAGGAAGGAUAGAGAACACGGAAAGACAAAGAGGAAAAGGAGGAACCACGAGUGUGGAUCUGUAUCAAUAAAUCAAGCAGGUAUUGAUUUUGGCUGAUAUUCCCCCUGCUGACAGAUAUACGCCCAUUUGGCAUUGCAGUAGCUGAUAAAUAUCCCACAACUGUCUCAGAGCUGUUCAACUAGUUAGCCUAAUGUAUCAGCCGACUAGAACGUUGUCUUCCAUGAACAAGAAAAAAAGGGUUGAAAAAACUGAGUUAAACGAACUCUAUGAACCCUCAUUAUGGCUUUGUUUUGAGAGAUCCCUGCUCUUCUUUGUGAGUAUGUGGAAGGGAGAGCACACUCCUCCUUUCUUUCAUUUGUCUACGUAAAAAGUGAGGGCAGGAAGAGCAUCAGCAAAGACAGAGCAGGCAUCAGUGACAUUACACAUAAACUCAGACACAGCAGUAAAAGUGAAGCUGGGGUGGAGGCGUGUUGAAAGGCACUUUGCAGAGGAAGCAGGCUAAAGCAGGCUAAAUUUGAUGCCCGAUUUUGACGAUCGCCGGUUAAAGGUAGAAGGUAACAGGCUGAGCUGUCAGGCGAUUUUAAUGGUUGUUAAUGCCAAUUCACUGAGGGCUUAGCUUGACUUUGUGGCCUGCCUGAGCCUAUGUUUUGCAUUAUUUUAACAAAGUAUUAUGGGUGUUAUUAAAAAGGGAUGUCAUUUGUUGGGCUGUGAAGAAACAGAAAAAUGCCCCUUUGAGAUUGUGCAAGUAAAGCCACUAUAGAGACUUUAAGAGUAGUUACUUUUUCCAAAAUAACCUUUUCUUAUAAAUGUAAAUGCAAAUGUUCUUAAUCUAUACAAGCCUUUACAACAACCCUUUUGGUAAACCAAAGUGCUUAUCAAUACAUAGUAAAUAAAAAUGAAUGAAUGAAAAAAAUUAAAAACAAUAAAAGCAAUUUAAAAAAGAAUAAGAUACAAUGCAAUAAAAUAAAAUGAAGUGUCACCACGCUACUGGGUAUUAAAAGCCAGCAUAAAUAAAUACGUUUUCAGCGGAGAUUUGAAAAGGCCCAGGUCAGAAAUAAGUCACAUUUCGGUCAGGAGCUUAUUCCAGGGUCUGGGACCAACAACUGCAAAGCCUCGGUCACCCCAGUGUUUGUAUUUUGAUGUGGGAACUUCCAACAGAAGUUGGUUUGACAACCUCAGAUUUCUACCUGGCUCCUGAACGGUUAAAAGCUCAGUAAAAUCGAUGGGGGUGAAACUGAGGGUUAAGGGUUAAACUGAAGGGUCUGUCUGUAAGUGUGUGGAGUUGAAAUUGCUUAAAGACUUGAGUCCUCGAUGCUGUUGCCUCACAGCAAGAAGGUUCUGCAUUUAAAUCCUGCUCUGGGCCUUUUUGUGUGUUUUCCCCUCUUGCAUGCGAGGGUUCCCUUCAGGUACUUUGGCUUUCUCCCACAGUCCAAAGAUACACACAUGAGGUUAAUGAGUGGGAUUAAAUAGCUGUGGGUGUUUCUCUAUGUCAGCUCUGUGAUAAACUAGCAAACUCUCCAAGGUGUACCCUGUCCCCUAAUGAUGGCAGGGAUUGGCUUUAUUCCCCUGAGGCCCCAAACAGGAUGAGCAGUAUAGAUAAUGGCUGGAUGAAUUUGUGCUCACUUGAUGAUAGUAUAAUGGGGACCUGAAUUACUUUAACAAUGUUUGAUCGGACCAACUUAGAGUGGGGAGUCAGUAACAACAGAUAUUGCCAAACAUUUGAAGCAGUAUUGGCCCCAACUUUCUCAAUCAGUGCAUCUCUAAGAUGGUAAAACGGUCUCAAACAAACUGUUGUCUGUGUGCAGGUGUACUCUCUGGACAAUUCAGAUGCCUUCCACAGUUUCUACAGCCCCCAUAAGACCCAGCAGAAGAACCCUGUGAUGGAGAGGCUGGCCGAGCAGCUUGCGACACUCUGCGCCACCCUGAAGGAGUACCCUGCCGUCAGAUACCGAGGGUGAGCUGCAGGGGGCGCUGCUUGGAAAUGAUGAGACAUUGCUUUUCCAAGUUCUCUUCUGAAGUUUUUUUAUUGUCUUUGCCUGUUUCCCAAUAACUCUGAAACAUACAUCUGGUAUGACUCGCUACUUGAGGGACUUCUUCUUCAGUGUGUUCAUAGGUGGAUGACCUGCAUGAAUCAGUAAAGAUAGAGUUUGUUGAAGGCCACAGAAAACUGAAUAAUGAAAAUCUCUAAAAAUAUCUCUCUGUAAUUUCUUUAAAGCUGCGUUCCUGUGCAAACAAGUGCUUUUAUUUAUUCAUUUAUCCAUCAUUCUGUCAGUGAGUACAAGGACAAUGCCACCCUGGCCCAGCUGCUGCAGGACAAACUGGAUGCCUACAAAGCCGAUGACCCCACCAUGGGAGAGGUGAGACUCAGCAGAAUAUACACUUUUGAUAAUCCUGUUAAAUAUUUUUACUCUCUUUAUCACCUGUUGUGUCAAAUGUUUGAUCCCUACUAAGAAGUUAAUCAAUUCCUGUAUUUGUAAACCCAGGGUCCAGAUAAGGCUCGCUCACAGCUGAUCAUCCUGGACAGAGGGUUCGACCCCGUCUCUCCUGUUCUGCAUGAGCUCACUUUCCAGGCUAUGGGCUACGACCUGCUGCCCAUUGAGAACGACGUCUACAAGUAUGAAGCAGAAAAACUUUUUCAUUAAGCAUUACAAAUGCACUCACAGGUUUGAACCUAAAGUUGUGCUCGUUGUCUUUUUUUUCUGCAGGUACGAGACCAGUGGCAUUGGAGACUCCCGCGAGAAGGAGGUUCUGCUGCAUGAAGACGAUGACCUGUGGGUGAGCCUGAGACACAAACACAUAGCCGAGGUGUCCCAGUAAGUACUUUUCUUCAUACUGCGAGAAGUUUUUUUCACUCAAGAUUUGAUAAGGAUUCAAAAAAAACAUCUUUAAAAACGUCACUGUUUGUCAUCAGGGAAGUGACACGCCAGCUGAAGGAAUUCUCUUCCAGCAAGAGGAUGAACACAGGGGAAAAGGUAAAAGAAAUCAACUACUGUAAAAAACAUUCAAUAGAUGAUUAAUACAGUUUAAACACUUGGUAUCGCUAAAAUAUUGACUCUCAAGUGUUUUUGAUGUGAUGGAUAACUUUAAAAACUGAAAGAAUUUACAAUAAAUGUUGAUAUAAUGUUGAUUACCGCAGUGAUUUCGUAAAGAGACAUGUUUAAUUUAUGCACUUAGUCCUCAUUUUGAAAUAUGGUGAUUCCCUGUCUUGCUGAGAUGUGAAUAGAGGUGCCCAUUUCUAUUUGAACAGACACCAUCAAGAGACAUUGUCAUCUAGCGUAAAGUGUGGAAACAGUUAGCCUUUUAAUUUUACAUGGAUUUACUGAACUACAAUAACAGACUUCUGGCUAGUUUUACCAGCUUUCAAACAUACAGGCAUGAGAGAAGUGUUACUUUUGUUUUUGUAACACUGAAAGAAAGUCAUCUCUAUCCAAAUGUCUUUGUUUUAGCUCAAAUAUUUUGACAUCUUUCACUCAUACCUGUAAUUGGGCUGAAUUUCAUUUGGCACCUGCUGUCACUGUCAGUCUAAUUUAUGUCGUCACUCCCUUUUGCUUCAGUGAGUUCAACACACAAAACCCUAAUGUAAAUUCCACCAUAUCCACAGUCCUUGCUCCUGACGUCAUCAACGCACUUCUUCUCAGUUGAUCACCUGCAAAACAUAUGCAAACAAUGUACACUCAAUAAAGGACUUUUUCCGACCCAAACUCUUCGCUCUAUUCCCGACCUCUACUCCUCUUAUUUCCUGUCUCUCUUCAGCUGUUCUGUCCAAUAAAGGCAAAAACAUAACUUACAGAAAAUGUAGUAUAUUUAUGUGAAAGUUCAUGAUUAUGGACAAAAUGUCAGCCCUCCUCAAAAUUGAUAUUUUUUCCGAACAUAAUCUGCUCAGGGGCAGGUUAGCAGUUUCUAUGAUAAUCUACCAUAGAGUACAAAACAACUGGAGUGCUUAAAACCCGGUGUUGACCCUGAAGUUUCCCCAAAGUCUGCCUGAUAGUCCUGUAACAUCCAGAAAACACAUUUACAUCAGCUGUCAGCAAUAAUCGAAUUGUGUGUUUUGAAAUAUCAUGUACCAGUUUUGACACAGUUUUUCUUCUGUUUCACCAGACCACAAUGAGGGAUCUGUCCCAGAUGCUGAAGAAGAUGCCUCAGUAUCAGAAGGAGCUCAGCAAGGUGUGUGUCCAUGAGUGUGUUCUCGUCUUUUAUGUGUGCAGGUAUGUUCGCUGACCCCUCUUGCUUUGUUUUUGUUUUUCAGUACUCCACUCAUCUGCAGCUGGCUGAGGACUGCAUGAAGCACUACCAAGGAACAGUGGACAAGCUGUGCCGCGUGGAACAGGUGAGAUGGAGGGCUAGGGGUGAGAGAAGGAAGGGGAGGGGAAAUGAGGAUGAAAACCGCUUGAUGGAAGGAAAGAAAGAAGGAACAGGAGAAAAAAACAGGAGAAAUGAAGAAAGAGGAGCAGAUAGAAACACUAGUAAAACUAUACCUGACGGAGAAAUCACAGUUUAACUGACAGUGUGAGGAAAUGUAAUGGCACAAUGACCUUGUGAAUGUCACUCAUUGAAAUUCAUCUUCAUGGAAAAGUGAAUAAACUCGUUGUAGGAUCUGGCUAUGGGCACAGACGCUGAGGGUGAGAAGAUCAAAGACCCUAUGAGAGCCAUCGUGCCCAUUUUGCUGGACGCCAAUGUCAGCACAUAUGACAAGAUCCGCAUCAUCCUGCUCUACAUUUUCCUCAAGAACGGUAAGGAGGCCUUGUCAAAGUCUCGUGUGUAUAUUUACUGAAGUAGAACAAUGUAUUUGGCAGGUGUUUCCUGUGUCCACUGCAAGCCUUGAUAAAUUAAGUUUUGAUCUUUGCAAAACAUGAAUUUAGCAUCACCACAAAACACGCUGGACAUAUCAAAUGUAAACAUAAAAUCCAGUUAUAAGAUAUUAACUGUGUGUGUGCAUAUGUGUAUGUGUGUGUUCAGGCAUCACAGAGGAGAACCUGAAUAAGCUGAUCCAGCACGCCCAGAUCCCCCCUGAGGACAGUGAGAUCAUCACCAACAUGGCUAACCUGGGGACCCCCAUCAUCACAGAUGUAAGAUCCUCACAGAGUAUCACUCCCCCUCUCUGUCCUUUUUCAUAACUCUUGUUUCUUACUUCUCUUUUUUCCUUUGUAUUUGCAGUGUAUGUCCUCUUUUGAACAUGAACCCAUGUAAAGCAGCAUGGGUUCAUGUUCUGCUUUUCACUCUCUCCUCUCUUCCCUCCAUAAGUCCACCCUCCGCCGAGGAAAGAAGCAGGACAGGAAGGAGCGUGUGAGCGAGCAGACUUAUCAGCUGUCCCGUUGGACGCCACUGGUCAAGGACAUCAUGGAGGUAUAUUCCUGAGGGCUUACAUUGCUAUUUCAUUGUUAAGUUUGAGUUUGAUCGGCAAAACCUCAAAUCCAAAAAGUUGAGAUGGUGUGUUAAAUGUUGACAGAAAGAAAGUGAUAGUUUGUAAUCCAUAAACAUAGGUGUAAACAGGAAAUAUAUUAUCAUUUUGAAUCAGACCCCAGCAGCACUUUUUGGAAAAAAUUUGGAGGAGGACAACAAAAUGUUGAAUUUAUGUUUAAAAAAAAGACCCGGAUGAUCAUCUUCCUUUUUAUCAAGCAUCAGGUUGGUAACAUGACUACAGCAUGGCAAUCCAGAGCAGCUGAGUGUCCGAGAGGUAAAAACUGGAAGAGGUCAACCACCCUGUGAGAGACUGUGUGAGAAAAUGGUUCAGCAGGUCCAGAAUAAUGGGUCUCAGCAUCUGUUUUUAAUCAGCAUUUCUACACCAUUCUUACAUUCUUACUAUUGAGAAUUCAUCGUUUAGGAUAUGAUUUUCCAGUUUGGUGAAUGUUUCUUUCAAACAAAGCUGAAGUGGGCCUUUAACAACAACAGUCUCCAUCAUUUAUCCACAACAACCUCUGUCAAACAUCUGCUAUUCCAGCUCGGUCAUAAUCAACUAUAUUUAGCCUCCUAUACACGCAAAGCCUCUUCUCCAGUAAUUGAGCCACAAACAGUUGCUAGGAGACAUGACAAAACUGUGGCGCCCCUAUUAAAGUGUGUUUGUGUGCACGCACAGACAGAGAUUAUAGUUGACAAACAUCUGUUUUGUUCUUUUGUCCCCAUGCAGGAUGCUAUUGAUGAUAAGCUGGACACCAAGCACUACCCCUACAUCUCCACUCGCUCCUCUGCCUCAUUCAGCACCACUGCAGUCAGGUAGUUCAUCAGUGUUUGUAGCCCACAUUGACAUGUACAUACGGACACAUUGCAGCGUUUAUUGUAUUGCAUGAAGUUGCUCUUUUUAAAUCAAACAGGCAGAAAUGAUGGUGUCGGAUCAAUAGUAAUUUGGGAAGGGAGAUGGGUUGAAUGGAUCAAUACUUGAAAAAGCAGAGCUGAUGACUUGCAGGUUAGUGAUCCGUACAGAUCCAAAUGCAAGGAUGGGACUGAAAACAACACUUGGCUGGAGCUUCUUAUAAUUUAAACACUGAAUAAAAUGGAUCGAUGAUAUUCUGCAGUCAAGAAAUUUGAAGUAUCAGCAGGAAAAAGUUUCCACAAAUUAUUCAGAUAUAUUUGCUGCAGCCUUUUUCCCACAAACACGUUUCUCAGCUACAAUAUCACCUUUAUGCCAAUAUGUAAGCAAGCUGACCUUAAUACAAGUCAUCAUCAUUCCCAGCUCUGCAAACAUGUAAAUGUGUCUUUGAGUGGGAGUGCUGAAGCCUCUCUGAGCCCCACUCAUCCCUAAACUCCAGCUCGGGUGGAAGCUGCUGUUGUGUUAUUGAUUUAGCAUUAAACUAUCCUGUUACAAACUGAUGUAACGCAUUUGACGUCCCUCCCCCACAUGGAUACUAACACACAUGUACACACAGCGCUAAGGGUCACAUGUAGGUGAAUCAAAAGGAAGCUACACUCAAGCAGGAGAAGCCUCUCAUUGUUAAGAAUGAUCUUUUAUUGUAUAAAAUGUGCAAGGGGCUUAAAAUCAGCUUAUUAGGUUACCGUCUUGAUCUAGAAAGUAUCUAUUUUUUAUGAGUUUGUGGUAGGCUACAAGCCUGGCUCUACAAAAUAAUCAGACAAAAUUAGUAGCUGUCUGGUGAAAAUAAUAAUGGUAAAAUUAACCGUCUUAGAGAUAGGAAAGAAAGAGAGAGACGGACAGAGGUGACACUGGUGCAAGCAGCUGGAAAGCAGGCAGGCUACGGUGGCAAAAGAUCUGCAGCAAUCCAUAGGAACCUACGGCAUGAUGGAGCACAGGGACGCCCAGAAAGGACUGUGUAUUAGUGAUUGUAAUGGUACAUGGUGAUUAAAGGUCACUGAGAAAUACGGAAAAAGGAUGGAGAGGGAGAGAAAGCUGCUCAGUGGGACAGUACCACUAGCGGUCUAAACCUAUAACAGUAUAGUUAAGAGCUGUCCCAGGCCUGAACCAGCCCUAACUAUGAGCUUUAUCAAGUAUAAGUGAACGCUAAACAACAUAAAUAUUCAAAAAAAUCCAAAAAGAAUGAGUUCAGUUUUCUCACAGACCUAUUAGCAAAAAUUGCUCUCUAUUAUAAAGAAUAUACAGGUGUCCUGGUAGAGCUGGGCGAUAAACCGAAAUUUACCGAUACCAAAAUUCAUGACAAUGACUAACGUCAUUUUGCUCAUGUCAAAAUAUUCGGUGUCAAAAAAAUAAAUAAAUAGAAGUUGGUUUUGGAUGUGUGUAGGUAGGCUAUGGUCUCAUGUCCCUUUAAGAAGCUGUCCUACAUUGGAAACGUGACUCCACCCCAUCCAGUCCGUAACAAAGAGGGAAAGACAAGUGAGGAGAUGGAGGACGGUUUGAAAGUUGUAGCGGCUGGAGUAAACGAAGUUAAUGUGGGAGGGGGUGAGCAGCUUGUGGAGUAGUUAUCGUCCAAUUAUCGUUCGAUCGAGGUGAACUGCUCUCUAUAUCGUGAUAUUGAUUUGAGGCCGUAUCACCCAGCCCUAUUUUCUGGGAUGCCACUUUGGCCCAGCAACUCAUGUACUCAUGUAGACCUGGAGGUGGAUGGCCUGGGAUUGACUGCAUGUUAUUCCCCACUCUGCCUACCCAGCUGAUCUUAUAUAAUACCCUGUUAGCUGUAAGUAAUGUAAAUUAACUGUUUCAGCAUAGCCAUUGACUUCAAGAUACAAUAUUUCUGAAGUGCCCCAAAUUUCCAAAAUAUGCCUAGUAUAGUAGAUUAAUUUUUUCAUAACAAGGCAUUUCAGACAAAGACAACACCAGCAAAGACAAAUUGAAAAACAUUUUAUCGUUCAUUCAAGUCAGUAUAAGAUUUUACAACUAAAAAAAUUGUUCCUCUCUCAGUGCUCGGUACGGCCACUGGCACAAGAACAAGACACCCGGAGAGUACCGCACUGGGCCCCGUGUCAUGGUCUUCAUCAUCGGAGGCGUGUCCUUCAGCGAGAUGCGCUGCGCCUAUGAGGUCACGCAGGCCAAUGGGAAAUGGGAGGCCAUCAUCGGUGAGUAGUGCGACAGGAGGUGCUUGAGAGCGCAGGGCAGAGGUCGAGGAGUAAAUACAUACUAGUUGUAGGUGCAUUCAGAAGAACUUUGAACCAAUAAGAGGAACUUCACACAGUCUGAAAACCUGCUUUAGUGUUCCUUCUUACCUCAGCUGCAGGUGUGCUUCAGGGUGGCACAACAUCACUCCUGGAUGUGGUAACAAUUUGUCCGGACCCUUCUUGACCACACUGAGCCAUAUCCGUCAGUGAUGCUUCCCGUACGCAGAUUUUCAGCCUCAUGUCCAGUUCCUCUUUGACUUUACAAGCUCUGUCCUACUGCAGGGGCUGUUUGUGGAAAUAAAUCAUGAACGGAGAAGUGUGGGAGGGUAAUUGUAGGUCCAUUUUGGUGGUCUUCUGAUCUUCUGAGGGAAUAUAAUAAAUUGAAGAAAGGGGGAAUGAGAAUGAUGGGACUCAAUCUUUUUCCAUCUCAAGUAUAGUCUGGCUAACUUUUGUUGUGAGUUGGCGCUACAUAGUUCAAGAUUGAUCUAUUAAAUGAAAUUAGAGGUGUAGACUGUCAAACCUCAGGUUUAAUAAGGACAAAUUCACCGCUCAAACAAGAAGAAUAAAACUGAGAUAUGAUGUGUUCUGAUUGAGACGUAUUUCUUCAAGUAAAGAAUGAAAUUUGAUCAUGUGCAUUUUUUAACAGUUGUUAUAAAAUCUGAAUUGGAGGUAACUUUGCAGAAUUUGGAUAAGUUUUUCUAUACUAUAAAAAAGUUAAAAUAAUAAAUUUGAAGCUUCAAGAAACAAAAAAUACAUAUAAUUGUGGCCUGGGUGGCACAAAUUUAGCCAAACAGAAUUAAAGUUUGCAUGCAAUAAAGUCAAAUUUGGUGGUAUGGCUCUGCCCUGGGAGCUCCCUGCCUCUCCACAUGCGUAAGCAGAAAGCCGAGGCCUGAGGCAGGGAGAGCACACCUCACUUAAGGGUCAUUUGAGAAGCCAAGGCAAGGAGAGCAGCAGCAGCAAAGACCCCGUGAUACAGAGCAGAGCAAUACACAGUACUGGAGUGAAAUCAGUCAGAGCAUAAGAAGCAGGAGCUGGGGUGGAGGCGGGUUUCAGAGCUGUUUACAGAGAUAGCUGCAAGAAUAAACAGUUUAAACAAAACACCCACUUUGACAGAGGCCAGUUGGAUGCGUAGAAGGAAAUCGGUUGAGGUGUGAGCUGAUGUUGGUUUAGGAUCAGCUGAUGCAUUGUGGGCUGAGUUUGACGUAAAGCCUGCCUCAACUAACUCUGGACUUAAUUUUUUUUAUAUGAAGCUCACAAACAUUUGCACUUAUAUUUUAAGUGGAUACUUUUUUGUGUACAAACUGGUAAAUCAAGAAUUUAAGUUCAGCAACAUGUCCAUUUUGACUUUGAUGCUCCCACUUCAUGAAUCCCAAUCUCACAUAUGUAGUACGUGAAUUUCGUAGAACAUACAUCAAACGCACUCAGGUUUAUAAAUCUAAACUUAUGAGUAAGAAGUGCAGCUGCGGGUAGUUUUGAACAGCCUACCUAUUGUGUGCGAUAUGUUACGUUAAAUUAGCCCUUUAUGUUAUGACCCUCUGUACUGUUUAUUUGAUGUCUUACAGCUUUGCAGUCAAGUCUGUGUUAUUUAUGGGAAAAUGUCUUGUUGAUUUCUGUUGUGCUCUGCUUCAGCUGUUGUCUUUUAAAAACCACUGUUGUCUUUGAACUGCUGCUUUGCCAUGUCUUUUCUAUGUCUGUGUGUGUCCUGUGUUCUUGCGACAUUCUGAAUGUGUGUGAUGAUGAUGAUGAGUCUUUCUGUGUGUGUAUGUACUGUCCGUCAGGUUGCUUGUUUUUUUAACCCUUUUGUUUAUGCAAGAGUGGGGGAGGGGGCUUGGACUGUGCUGAGAGACGAGUGGUGAAGCCGCCUCUGUUCCUCCACAGGUUCCACCCACUUGCUCACCCCCACCAAAUUCUUAUCGGACCUGCAGCACCCCGACUUCCGAGAGUCCACUAGGGUGUCCUUUGAGGACGCAGAUGCCUCAGCCGAGUGAGGCAGAGACAGAUUGGGAGGGAGGGAGAGAGAAAUCACACAGAAAAAAGUAAAGGCAGCCGCACAAAGAAGCCCUUUCUGAACCCUCACAGUAUAAGGGCUUCCUCCCUGUUCCUUCUUCUUCUUCUUUGAACACUCAGUACUGUUUUCUGUAACUCCACCCUCCUCCUCCCCCGUGUCCCUCAGGGAUGGGCACCCCCAACCUCCCAUCAAUGCAUGGGCUGCUCCAUCAGGGUCGAGUACCUGUAUGCCCAGAGUUUAAGUACCUUCCAGCUAUCCCAACAGAAAGGCUGAAUCCAACUAUCCAAACCGUGGCGACUUACAGAUUCAAAAUGUAUCAAGACCCUGAGGGGCCCGACAUUUAAAUAAUAUAUUUAGGGUGUUGAACUCAGCAGAUUUGAGUUAGUUAAAUACCCGCAGGUCACUGUGAAAGGCCGUAGACUGUUUAACAGAGAGCGACAUAAUUAUCCUGAUUUUAGUCCUUUGUUUGUGAAUGAUCAUUUUAAAGCCUUGAGUAUGGAAGUAAAUCUGUGCCAUCUGAUUUUGAAUUUGAAUUUCUAAAGCUGAUUUUUUUUGCAUCAAAAUCAGACUUUGAAUUUCAAAACCAUCAAAUUUCAAGCAUGCAUUUUUUUUACUUACGCUUAUAUUUUUCAAAAUGAUGGUAAAAAUUCAGUGUAAAAAAAAAUUCUGUGUCAAAAAAAUUUGUGUAGUAAAAAUUCGACUGAAAAAAAAAAACAGUAAAAAAAAAUUUAGUGUCAAAUAAUUCAGUGUCAAAAAAUGUAUUGUACAACAGACAGACUCAACAUUCAACACUGAAUCUUCUGACAUUUAAUUUUUUUUUAAGUUGAAUUUUUAUUAAACAUAUCUUUUGAGAGACUGAGGUUUUUACACUGAAUUUAUUUCAUCAUUGUGAAAAAAUAAAUGUCAGAAAUAAAAAUGCAAUAGUAUCCGAUAUCCGAUAGUUUUGAAAUUAAAAGUCGAAUUUUGAUGCAAAAAGAAAUUCUGCUUUAGAAAUUUAAAUUCAAAAUCAGAUGGCACAGAUUUACUUCCAUACCUGAGCUCUCUGUUCUGAUGCAGUAGACCUUUUAGUCCCCCGUCUUUUGCUCUAAAUUUACAAAACUCAUCUUAUACUGUAUUUAAGAAGAUCUUAAGAAGUAGAGCCUUGAUGAUAUUUUUUUGUCUCUGUAAACAUUUCCCUCUCUAUUUUCAUACGAUCUGACCCAGUUUUGAAACUGGUGGAUCAGCCCUCUGCUGGUCACUACUAGAAACUGCAAUUUUGUUCCUUUUGCAUUGGCCUCACUCUAACAGUCAGGACCUUCAUUUUGGUUUUGCUCGGUUUUCUUACUCACAAUAAAAAUGUGGUUCAUGAAUAGUAGUGGAAAAGUAGUAGAAACAUCUGUGAAAAAAGCUUUGACAGAUAUGUGUCAGUCCUGUUGUAUGCAGCCUUUCAGUCUACCGUCCUUGUAACAUUGACGUAAUGAUGCUAAGCAUGUCACAGUGUAUCCUGGCCUGCAGGGCCCUCCAGUCCUUUGGAUGAAGCCCAGGUCCUGUCUCUGAUGAAGAGCGGCCAUGCCUGAGGGAGUUGUGACCCCAUCCCUGCUGCCUCCUCCCAUCAUCUCAGCUGGGUGGAUUAAAUCGCCCCUCCACUGCCACCCAAAGGCCGUUUGAGCCAGUAAAACACUAACUCCUGAUUUAAUCUACCCCGAGAUCCAUCUUUAUUAGUUAUUAGUCGUAUUAUUUUUCUAGUGAACUCCUCGCAAAGACAAUCACCUUGAUUUUCUUACUCCUUUUUUCAGGACGGGUCCUUGAGUUGGAAAAAAAAGGAUUCUUUCCUUUUUUCUUGUUUUUUAUUUUUUUAUUUUUAUUUUUAUUUUUGACCUUCUAGUCCUCCUCUGACCUGGUCCAUGUCACUUUUCCUCAGACCACCAUUACAUGCUUACAUGCCUCAUGGCUCUUCUGCAGAGGGUGCUAAAUUUAAGCACCUAAUUUUCUCUUUAUCUUGAUAACAUCUCCAGGUUGCUAAUACACAGGGCAAUUUUUGGUGCAACAAAACAUGAAAAUUAUUUCAGCACAGUGAUGUUGGUUAGAAAGCUGUCCUUUGUAUCAUAACCACUUCGAUGCCUCUCUGCUGACAGAGUCAGAGGAUGUAGUAAUGUUCCAUUUUGAUACGCUUUAGCAACCUAAUGAAAAAAUAUUGGUGCUGCAAAUGCCCAACAGCUACCAUUAAUCCCCCCCUGUAAGAGGACCUGAACUUCUUCAGAGCGCCCUUUACAUCACUUACAUAGAACAUAGAAACAAGAAUAUAUGCAUAUUCAAAAGAAUCUGGUACAAGUAUUAAAAAUGCCCCUCCUUCAAGGCUGAGCAACCAUUAAAGCAAGUAUUUUUUUAAACAGAGUUAAAGAGGUUUUAAUCAGUCUCUACAUUCAAAUAAACACAGUAAUAUCCACCAUUUAGUCAAAGCUUCUUCAGUUAAAUAGACUUUGCAGGUUUGCACAAACUACAUUAACCAGAAAUGUGUUUCUAAAGCAGUUAAUUUAGAGUCCAAUCUGCAAGAAACUGGCAGAUAUAAAACAUUCUCAAGAUUUCAGAUUAGGUUUCAAUGUCAUAACCCCAAUAUAGGAAAUUGGAACACUGUUCAAAAUCUGCUUUUAUGAACAUUAAAAAGAGACAUGACUCUGUAGUGGAAGUUACCGCAUGAGUUCAAAUAACAGCCCCAUAACAGGCAAGAACGGGACAACAUUUUAUAUUCAAACACCCAGAAAUCUGUCCCCUGAGUUCCCAAAUGUUAAAAGAAGAGAUGAAGAUUUUGUAAACAUGAUCCUGUCCUGACUUUUGCAAAAUUUGUUCUUGGAAUCAGAUUCAUAAUUAGCAUAAAUUUUCAUAUAAUAAUAAUCAGGAUCAGUUUCACAGGUGUAAUGAUUUGUUGCACAUCCCACAUUUUUCCACACGGACUUUGCAGCGUCAGUGAUAUUUGUAAGUGACAGAGCUUUAUUCUAUUAACCAGUAAAAAUGUGGAUAAACUAUGUUCAAGAACAGGUCUUAUAUUCAUUUUGAGCCAGUGUGUGUCAAGGCUAAAUGUUUCAGCUUCGACCAGUGUGCACAGUACUUUUACAGCCCUCUGUGACACAUUUGAUUCAACCUUAACCUAAAUCCAAGGAAAAUACACCCUCAGUUAAUCUCAGUUUUUUUUUAUAGUGUAGUGAAUAAAUAGUCCUUAUUUGCAUUCAUAUUCAUGAUCAUUUCAUUGUCCAUUUUUGUAAUGAAUGAUCAAAUCUAAAUACACAUUAAACACAUAUUCCCUAAAAUAAGCUGGACUUUCACCUACCAAAGACUGUUUUUUGCAGACCUGGGUAGCCAUCUCAUCUCUUACUAAUCUGCUAAAGCGAUAUCGUUUGAAACCAACUUUUGGUUUUCUGGUUUUCUCAGUAAGCAGCUCUCACCAUCAGCAGUAUGGCUGUUUCCUCACAUACUGCUGCAUUCAACACUUCCUGAGCAAAAUGGCCAUCACUUACUAAAACAAGUCUUUGUUUUUCAAAUGCUUUUUUGGUCCAAUCUAGACAUGUACAGUUAUGAUUUAGUGGUGUUGGACAUCAACGCCACAGUGUUGUGUUUCUGGGGCGGGAAAGCCCACAAAGCUGUGUGUUUGGGGAACAGCAGAGAAGACGGUGAAGUCAGUCCGAUGUUGACCUCUUUGACCCCCACUUAACCCCUCACCUGUGACCCCUGACACUUACAACCUCCCCAUCAACAUAAUAACACAACUGGAAAUGGACUUGCCUCUUCUCUCUCUGCUGUUUUCACCUGAAUUUCUUCCACUUCUUGUUCUGACCCCUCACAGGAGCAAGUUUAGCUUUACUGUAGGUGACUGAAGGUAAAGCUCUCAAUCAAAUCAAAGUGGAAGAAACAUGCAGCUUUACACAGAAACAAAUCAGUGUAGUAGAAAUACUGUUGGAAAUGUUGAACGGGUGUGAGGAGUAAAUCAAACGCUUUCUUUGCCUCGUAUGUGAUCAAGAAGUCAGACGGAAUAAGGUAAUUGAGCGACAAAAAAUGGCACGAGGUUUGCUUUACUCCAAACGAUCACCUUUGAAGUUAUGAAAUGUUAGAAAUGUGUCUUCAGCUGUCACAGCAGUUCAUACCCCUGUGUAUUAGUGUACUCAAUUUUACAUUUACACUUACAUUAGGACACACAGUAGACAUAACCCUGUCUGAUCUCAUGUCGUGUAGAGUCAAUUCUGCCACUAUUUUCAGCUGCCUGCAUGCUCUUUAUUCCCCUUAACACUUUCUAACACCUGAUUGGCUGUGCAUUUUCACAUACAUGUGGUGUUGCAGGAUUUCAAACCGCUUACUUGAUGCUUUGAACUCAAAGAUUCAUGCCAGCUGUUGUGUCAUUGUUUAACCAUUUUCUUAAGCCAUAUGUGAAUUCGAAGUUUGUACUAUGAAAGAUUAAAAAGUAAAUCAGAGCCUGCUACCCUCUAUAGCAAGAUCAGACACAGUUUUUCUAAGUGUUUAGGGUUAGGUUUAGGAUCAGGGUUAGAGAUUAGGGUUAAAAUCACUGUCCAGGACCUAUUUAGGAGCAUGUUUCAGACCAUUUGGAGUCCAUAGGUACAAAAAAAAGAUAGGAAAAAUUUUAAGUGUUAGGGUUAGAGUGUAGGGGUUUUAACCACAAUAGCCAACCAGUGAUCCUCAGCGAUCCUCAAGGGAACAAAUUAGAGAUCUGGAACCAAGACCAAGCCACCCUAUUUCAUGUAACCCAAGUUCACUGGUACCAGAAUGAAGUCUCUACGACAUUGCGUUCAAAAGUUAUGGGCAAUUUUUAAAAAUUCCUGUUCAAGUGAAUGGGAUUGUCCGGGCCUGCUACCCUCUAUAGCAAGAUCGGACACAGUUUUUCUAAGUGUUUAGGGUUAGGGGUUAGGGUUAAAAUCACUGUCCAGGACAUAUUUAGGAGCACGUUUUAAACAAUUUGGAGUCCAUAGGUACAAAAAAAUUGAAAAAUGUCAAAAUUGUUGGGUUAGGUUUAGGGUCAGGGGCUGCUAGUAGGUGUAAAUUGUUUCCAUAGAGAGCUCAAACUCCUUGAUACCAAACCACAGCUCCUGUUUACUUUAUCAUUUUGGGUCAUUCUGUAAAAGCAAUGAAUUCGAUCUUACCCUGAUCUGAAAUGUUGUAGUUUUGGUGAAUUUUCCUCACGUUUGUUUAAACCAAGUCCAGGUAUUGAUGACCAGCUGUCACCUCACACACAGAGUCAGGCAGAUGACUUUAAUACCAGCACUGUCUUAGGAGAUGUCGACAACAGAAGAAGCAGUUUCUUAAAAACCUCGAAACCUCUCCACACAUUUUCUGCAGGGAGAUGCAAGUUUAUCUCGUCACCACCAACGCUUUCCUUCAGAUUUUGAUUUUUCAUUAAAGCAUUUUCACUUUUUCAAGCUACAUUUUCAGACUGAAAAUUUCAUACCUGCAAUAUGGAAUAGAUUUAGGGGAUUUAGAGUCAAACACAGUCCUGUAAACGGCAGGUGACUGUGUUUUGUUGGUGACUGACCUAGUUUUAAGAUAAGCAGAAUGACACAUUUUCUCCUCUAAGUGUAAAAACAAUCCUAAUAGACCAUAUUCCCAUGGCAGCCAUCUUGUUGUGACAUUACCCUAAAGUUUGUUUAUCAUGUAUUAUUACGGUGUUCCAGGUCACAAGUCAUAUAAAGUUCAGUAACUGUGGUUACUGAGCUCAGCUUACUAAAACAUGACCUGGAACAGCAUAUUAACAAAUGAUAUCAACAUACAAGUUCACUAGCCUGGCUGGGCUGUCCUGUUGCGUGAAUCACUUGCCGUUCCUUCCCACAACAGUCUGGUCUUCGGCCCAUUGGGAGCGAGUAUUAGAAAUCAGAAAAUAACCGGGCCAAUCAGUGACUGUGUUUCCACUGUUCCCCGGACAACAGUGAAAGGCAGCCCCUGAUUGGUCCAUGUGUAGAUGGUGACGUCUAACACAUGCUGCUGGACUUUUCAAAGAGCCGCUCAUUCAGAACGGCAUUAAUUCUGCAGUUGACUUUGCAAAGUCGGCAGAAAUCGUUUAUAUCCGCAGAAGAAGACGUAAAAGACAUUGUUUGCUCGCACACGUCGAAAUAUUACCAAACCUUUACUUGAUGCUUGAGAGCCCAGCAGGGAACACAGUUGCGCACUUUGAUGACGUCAGAUGUUUGGUUACGGUGAUUGGUUACAGUAGUCUGUCUAUCAAGGAACGUACUCCCGCCCACUUUUAGGGCUCCCAAUUGGCCGAAGUCCAGACUGUUGUGGGAAGGAACGGCAAGUGAUUCACGCAACUGGAUGGCCCAGCCAGGCUAUAAGUUCACCGCCUUGAACAUGAUGUCAUGAGAGGAUAGCUGCCAUGGGAAUAUGAGAGUAUGGCCUCUUGUUGAGUGAAUAGUAACUAGCUGACUCUGGCAGGACACCUGAGACUACUUUUGAAAAACACACUGAACCAAACCCUCCAGUAACACAGUAAACGCACAGUAAAGUAGCUAACUAAUCUUGGUUAUAGAGGUAGUUUUAAAACAUUGUUACUCAGUGUUACUAUUACCACGUUCAUCACGUCACACUCCCUCACUCAUCUGAAGUAACCUGCAUAGCAAGAGCUGAAAACACAUUUUUAUUUGUGUCUUUUCUCAGGUGCUGAUCUAACUCUGUGUAUUUGUGUGUGUCUGUGUUUUAUGAACGUGUGUUGUCUCUAGGAUCGACCAACCUCCUCACCCCCACCACCCUGCUGGAGCAGCUCAAGGCCAUGAACAAACCAGAAGAGGAAGUGACAAGCUAAAAUCCUCCAAUAACAUCUCUCUCCUCCUCCUCACCUUUACCCCGCUGACCCUUGUACCCCUCCCCAACAACCCCACAUUAAUGUGUAUGCAUCUUGCUUGAGAAGAAAAAAAAAGACGUCUUAGAUGAUAAAAAAUAUAUGUUGUAUCAAAGAAUAAAACUGUUGCAAGUAUUCUCAUGUUUUACAAUGGAUGCAACUAAAUGAACUUAUUGAAAUAGGUUUAAAUAUCAGAUCAGAGGGCCAUUUAAAACUGAAAGUACCAAAAUGUAAUAUUGUAUGCUAAGAAAACCUGCUAGAAUGUGUAAAGGUAGACAUAUCUCUCCUCUGUUCCUUUGGGUUUCCUCCUUGCUGUGAGUUUUAUUGAAAGCCGGUGGAGGAGGGAUGUGAGGUUUGAGAGAUUGAUGUUGUAAAAUAUAUCAUAUCAGUGAACAUGCAAUAUAUUUAUCAGAGAGGACCCCUAUCCCCCCGUUGCCCAUUUGAGAUGUUCGUAUUCAGUAGCAUGCUUGGACUUGUGUGGACUGUUACUGUGUUUGUAUCCAGUGUGGAUGUUUUGGGAGCCGCAAGCAUCAGCGUUUCGCUUUUUUUCCUAGAAAAAAAAGCCUCAUUGAAAAUCUCUGUUUUGAGUAUCAAACUCAUUCACGCUCUCAAAACUUUGGGCAAAGUGGGGGCUUCUUUAACAUAUCUGGUUGCUAUGGCAGCCAUGUUUUCUCUACUUGCACAGUAAAAGAUCCAUGGGUAGCGAUGCUUUGUCCUCAGUUAUUUUAUUAAUGGAGCUUGCUUGGAACAUUUUGGGCAUCAAGUUAGAUAUUAAAGACCAGGACUAUGCAAUACUUGUGGUAGGAGUGUCUAAGCGUGUUUACAAACAGUUUUUGGGGGGUGGAAUCAUUAUAUAUCUAAGUUAGCCUAAGUGUCCAUCCAAAUUUAAUAAUGAAAGCAAUCCUUCGCCUCUGAUACCAAUCUAGUGGCUUCACUAGACCCAUUUAUAUGAGCUUGAAAUUAUUUUUAGGUUUAAUUAGGAAGGUGUUGAGAUAGAAACUUAGCCAAAAAAGUACGCAGUGUGAAUGAAAGUGCGUUGUGUCUAAUGCUAGCCUGUAUGAUAAAAAUCAUAAAUGGCUCGUGUUUCUUUGUGUGCAAAAUUAAAACGAAACUGUGAGCUUGCAGGUGAAGUAGAAAGCAAAAGGGGUGUGUCUGUGAAAUGUAAGAAAGGGGCGUGGCUAAGACCGAACCUGCUGAGAGGCAUAGAUAUAUUUGCUUUCCCGUGUUUGAUACUCAAAACUGAGAUUUUCUGUGGAGUAUUUUUAAAACACCAGAACGAGCAGAUGUUGGAAACUGAAAAUGCUCUGUAAAAAAGCAAGAAUCGUCCCUCCUCCGGCUGUCGAGACUGUAAAGUAUUUACUUACCACAACAUUUUCCUUUCUCCAGACAAACUUCACGUUUUAAUGUCAAAAAGGCCGUUGCUUGCUGAUAUUUAUGAAUAACCUUACAGGGCCAGUUGUAUUUCAGUAUUGUGUCAGAAUAAGUCUUAUCUUUGGUUAGUAAUGAUGUUUAAUUGGGCCAUGCACUGAGUAGUGUUGUGUAUAUGCCAUAUGUUGCUGUUUUAGCGUCUCACUGUUGACUGGUGAUCUUUCUAACUGUGAAGUAGUGAAACUUUUCCUUUAAAAUGCCAAUGUGAAGCCGCCGUGUUUGUGAUGUUUAGCUCUAGCUGUUAGUCGUCAACUGGGAAAAAGAACUAAUAUCUAUAUUUUCUUUGUCUGUUUCCUCCUCUGGUGCAAUGUAAAACCCUCUAAUGGUGAAUGGCUUUGCAAAAAAGAAUUUACACUCACCUUUUUCUCUUUUUUUCCUCCUCCCUCCCCUCGUUCCAGGCCAAACAAGUUGUAUAUUGCACUAUAAUGCUUUUUCUGUGAUGCCAACGCUUGACUUUGUGUUCCUUUUUUUUUCUUUUAUAAUUUGCUGUUGUAUAGGGUUUACUCUGUCAAAUCAAUUGAUUUAUUCAGAAAUCAAAAUUAUUUAUCAGAGAAAAAAAAAUAACGAUACAUUAGUCUGUCCUAAAACUGUUUAACUUAUUGGGAUUGUAUGUUUGCGAGUGUUGAAGCACAAACAAUACUUCCAUGUGUACCUAAUAUGUACCAAGGCUGUCUAAUAAAUUGGCUUCCAUUACACAGUC